AUUAAUGGGAGCCUGUGGAGGAAAACAACACAAUAAUAAUAAGCAGAUCCAAGAUAAUCUAAUCUAUGAGCCAUCUUUGCCUGCUGAUAAAUAGACUCCAAUAGAAAAGCUAAGUUACAUCCUAAGUAAUCCAAUUAUACAGUAUCUUUAAACUAAAAGGUAUAUUAAGAUUUUAUUUAGAUAAAACUAUGAUACUCUGAUAAAUAAAUUAGUUUUAUAGAUGAAUAUAUAAAAAAGUGAAUAUUUAUCUUAUAUUGAACUAUUAAUUGGUCAUUUUCAAAAAAUUCAAGCUUAAUCAAAUCCUGUCAAAGACCUUAUUUAGUUAGCUAUCUCUUUUAUGAAUUAGGAUUUCCUAUAAUUCAUGAAAUUAGAAUCAUUUUUUUGCGAUUCCGAUUUGCAACUCCAACUGAAAACUUUGAAAUUUUUAAUUGACUUAUACUUGAUUUUAAAUAUAAUAAAGCAGCAAGAGGAAAAAGAUUCUUGGUUUGAUGAUUAUGUAAAAAUUUAUGAAGAACACAAUCAUCAAAUUUCCUAAUAAAAUGAUCAAACUAAUACCUCAAUAAAAUUGCUAAAACAUAUUUUAAAAUCAUUCAUUGAAAAUCUUCAGAAAGCAACCAUUAAAAUAAUUUAGCAGUAAAAACAAUAGUAAAAUAACGCAAUUAUUAUUUUAGACACCUUGUAAAAUUAAGUAGUAUAAAAGAUGAUGUAAUAUCUAAGAGUACCAUAUAGAGUGAAAUAAAUGCUAUUCAUCAGGCAAAGCAAUAAAAUUAAAAAUACAAAACUCCAAUUGAAAAAUGA